AUGAAGAAGCCAGAGUUCAAAUUGCCAGAGCCAAGAAAACCGGAAGAUGCCGAUAAGAAGGAUCAACCUAACUACUGUCCAUACCACAGACUAAUCGGACAUACCAUAGAGGGAUGUUUCAGUUUUAAGGAUUGGCUUGAGAGGAAUCUCAAAGAAGGGAAUAUAACGAUUCCGAAAGAAUAUUUAAAGGAACCUGAAAAGGGUUCUAUAAAUAUGAUUUCGGUUGAGCCAAUCGCUCCGGUAGAUCCGUAUGCAAAUGAGAAUGGUUGGAAGACAGCUUGGAGCAGAUCAUCCAAGAAGAUACUUGACCAGAUUCAGAUCGCAUCAGCACAAGCCUCCGAUGAACGCGUUAGCGGAAACGACGGAGAGAUUGACAACACCGGUUAUAACAGUUCUGGGAGUGAGGAGCCAGUCCUCAAGUGUCAAGGAGCACCAGUAGCAAUUAAUUUGGACUUUUCAGAUUUAGAAUCGACACCAGAAGAAUCGAUUACAACGCUACAAGAGGACGAGAUUACAGAAGUAUAUUUGAGAAGAGGAAAAGUGUUACCCUCAGGGACGUCUCUAAUGGAAAAGAAAAAGGGAAACAAGCAGUUGCUUCAAACGAGCCACCUCCACGAUGGAAGAGACACAGGUUCGAGAGGAAACUGGAAGUCCAAGUAA